AUGGAUACCCCAAAUGUGAGAGAUGAUGAGGUAGUGAAUGAUAAUCAUGUUGUAUUGAUGGGGAAUGAUGAUGAUGAUGUGGUUUUAGAGCCAACGCCGGGAAAUGACGAUGAUGGGGUGCCGGGAAAUUAUGAUGAUGGGGUUUCAGAUCCAACGUCGGGAAAUGAUGAUGAUGGGGUUUCAGAACCAACACCAGGAAAUGAUGCUGAUGGGGUUUCAGAACCAACGCCGGAGAUGUUUUUUAAAACUGAGAAAGAACUCAUUUACUACUACAAGCAAUAUGGGAGACAGGCUGGAUUCGGCAUAAUGACCCAAAGAAGUAAAAGGGAAGAUGAUGGGAGUGUUAGAUAUGUAACACUUGGGUGUGCUCGUGGCGGUAAGGCAAGGAAACGUAUUACCAACAUGUCUAAACCACGCCCGACAACGAAGACUGAUUGUAAGGCGAGAAUUAAUGCAGUUUUGGCUGAUGGUGUCUUACGUAUAACUACUGUCUGCAAUGCACAUAACCAUGGGUUAAGUCCACAAAAGGCAAGAUUUUUUAGAUGUAAUCGAGCAAUUGAUGAUUCUGUGAAGAGGCAGUUAGAUAUUAACGACAAGGCAGGCAUAGGUAUGGCCAAAAGUUUUAACGCAUUGGUUGUCGAGGCUGGUGGUUUUGAGAAACUUCCAUUUAUUGAAAAAGAUGCAAGGAAUUAUAUAGAUAAGGCUCGACACCUUAGACUUGGCAAAGGAGGUGCUGAUGCACUUCGUGGUUAUUUUGAGAGGAUGCAGUAUAAGAAUGAUGGGUUUUACUCAUCAAUGGAUUUGGAUGAUGAGGGUCGAUUAAAAAAUGUAUUUUGGGCCGAUGCACGCAGCAGAGCAGCAUAUGAUUAUUUUGGGGAUAUUGUGACAUUUGAUACAACAUACCUAACAAAUAGAUAUGGCAUGUCAUUUGCUCCGUUUGUUGGUGUUAACCACCAUGGACAGUCAAUACUGCUGGGAGCAGGUUUGAUAUCAAGUGAAAAUACUGAAACAUUUGUUUGGUUAUUUGACACUUGGUUGAAAUGUAUGGAUGAGAGGGCGCCAAAAGCUAUUAUCACUGAUCAAGACAGGGUCAUGAAAAAUGCUAUUGCAAUAGUCUUUCCAAAUACCCGGCAUAGAUACUGUUUGUGGCACAUAAUGAGAAAACUACUAGAGAAGUUGGGCUCACAUGCUGAAUUUAAGUGUGGGUUGAAAAGUGCAUUGCAGAGAUGUGUUUAUGAUUCUCAAACUUCUGACGAGUUCGAGAAGUCUUGGGAGGUGUUUAUUGACACUUACAAUUUGAAGGAAAAUGCAUGGCUUCAAAGUCUCUAUAGUGAGCAAAUGGACUACGUUGAAAGAAUUCGUUGA